AUGUGUGAUUCAAUUCAACUUCCAAAAGUCAUUGCUAAUCUAGAAUGGCCAGAAGCUCGUGAACUUUUACAAACAAAUUAUGAUUUAUCAAUCGAUGAAACUGACAAACUUUUUUGUGUUAAAUAUAUACAUGACAGUCGUUUGUGGAAGUAUGGUACCGAACAGCAAAAACUUAUGUUGACACAAAAUCGUGGUACAAUCUAUGAAAAAAUGCCUCCAUAUCGUUUGGUGUGUUUACCAUUUUAUAAAUUUUGGAAUUAUAAUGAACCACAUGCUGCUACUAUGACCGGUAAUUGGAUAUCUUUUACCGAAAAGUUGGAUGGUUCAUUUUUUAAAGUAUACUAUUUUCAAGAUGAAUGGCAUGUUAGUAGUAAUAGUCGAAUUGAUAUUAAACAAUUCCGAGAAAAAUAUAUCCGUUGUGGUAAAACAAAUGAACAAUUAUGGCUUGAAGCAGUAAUAGAAUCUGGACUUGACUAUACGAAAUUAAAUAAACGACAUGCAUAUUUUUUCGAACGUGUUCAUCCAAAUUAUAAAAUUGUUAUACAAUAUGAUAAACCAAUGUUAUAUCAUUUAGGUACUCGUGAUAUGUUGACAUUAGAAGAACUUGAAACUGAUAUCGGUGUACCAAAACCACAUUCAUUCCAGUUUUUAGACUUAAAGGAGUGUUUACAGUAUGUGAAUCAGACGCAUUUUAUGGAAGGAGAAGGUAUUGUAGCAUGUGAUAUGCGAACAUAUGAUCGUAUUAAAAUAAAAAGUCGUUCAUAUUUAAUAAUUCAUUAUCGAACAAUUGGAAUAGAAAAUAUACAUAAACAAGGACAAUUCUGUUUAAUUAUUUGGCUACAAGGUGAAAAACAAGAAUACUUAAAUUAUUUUCCAGAAUAUAUUCAAGAUUAUGAUCGUAUUGAAAAACAAAUCGAAGAAUCAAUUAUUCCGAAUUUAAUCAACGAAUUUACAAAAUUAUAUAACAGUGAAAAGAGAGAGUUUUUCGAUAACCUCAAUCGCGACUAUCCAUCAACGGGAAAGCCGAAUCAAGAUAGAAAAAGACAAAUAUUUAUUAAAAUAUUUCAACAAUAUCAAGAUGAUAAAUGGAAUCAGUUAGUUGAUGAACGGAAAUUUAUGACUGUAAGAAAUAUUUUGAGAGAAAGAAAUACAGAUAAUAGAGAAAAAUUCAUUUUUGAAAAAUAUCUUCGUUCAUUAAUUCCUGUAUAA